AUGACACUAACGCGUUCUCGAUCUUCCGAUCCAGAUUCAUCCGUGCAUACAUUGAUCGUCACGGCCAUCAAAAAUGCUUCACUAGAGGCUUUGACGUGGAUUCUGGAAGCCACUUGCCCCGCCACGAAACACUUGACAGACGCAGAAAGUGUCGAGUGCAUCUAUAUUGCAGCUAAACAUCCAGGUGACGUGUACGCCAAGAUGACUUUGUUGCUUCUGGAGAACCACUUCAAUCCCGGACGCUUGAGUGGCGACGGAAUGGGUACACCGCUCCUGCAUCGCGCAGCUUGCUUCUCGAAUACGCUCCUCGCUUGCCGUAUCAUGACAAUGUUACUCGAGAGAAGCGACUGUGACGUGAACGCGCUGGACGCAUUUGGAAACACUGCCGUAUCGUAUGCACUCGCCUCCGGCUGCUUAGACAACGCGUGUUUCCUCAUUCAGAACUUGAAAUGUCGACUGGAGGCCGAGUACGAAGGCCAAGCUUGUUUUUACUACGUGCUCCACUUCCUUCCGUCCUUCGCACCGCGCCUGAUAAUACGUGAGCUAUUGAUGUUAAAGCGAGAGCGCGCGUUCCUUCACUGCGACGCGGACUACAAGACUUGCGGCUGCAAAAGCUACGAACUGGUUCAAAACAAUGGGUCGUUGUGUGGAUUUUGCGGUCAUGAAGCCUCCAGCCAUGGAAUGAUGCCGCUCCCCUCGUGGCUUCGAGACCAGUACGACACG